AUGGGUGUUUGCGCGCGGAGGCUAACCCUGGUCCGUUCGUGCAUCCGGUCUGGAACAGUCGCAACGCAGAGAUCCGCAACAGUCGCCUUCGCUUCCCUCUACAUUUCCGAGAUGGCCGCAUUCUUCUCAGACAAAGCAACCACCCAGGCCGAAUGUGAUCGGUUCGCCGAGACGCGGUUUGGUGGCCCCUUCCAGCCCGUCGCCAUUCAGGGCCUUGUUGCCCUGCACACAUACGUCGGGGCGAUUGGUGCCCUCGUAAUCUAUUCGAUGCCCAAGCUGCAGGGCGCUACAGGACUUGGCAAAGAUUCCACCAGUCUCGGGCCCGAGCCCGACGAGCGCAAGCAAACUACGAAGGCAUGUUUGGCCAGGCUCGAUCAUCUCGAGAAGACGCUACCAAGUCGCUUUCAGCCUGCCAUCCAACACGUGAGAGACCACGCAGCCGGGAUUUUCAACGCCAAGAAUGGCUACCCUUGGGUGACGGUCCACGGCGACCUAAGCCUGUCGAACAUACUGGUGAGCAAGUCGACGGGCCGUCUCACGGGCGUCAUCGAUCUAGCCGAGCUGAAUCUCCUGCCGUUUGGCUUCGACUUUUGCGUCAUCGACGACCUCGCGGGCGAGUGGCGUCCCGGAGGAUGGGUCGAACACGCCAACGCGCAGGCGGUGAGGGAUCGCUUCUGGAGCACGCUGCUCUCGUUUGCGGAUCCGCAGGUGCAAAACAUCAAGGUUGCUUGGCUGGCGGGGAUCCUCUUUCGCUAUGGCGCGCGGUUUGAUGCCGGAUUCCACGGCAUGUUGGGGCGGAGGAAUAACGCCACCACAGAUGACCAGAUCCUCGACGGGCUAGUAGCGGCCAUCCUCCCUCAUGCUCCUCAACUCGGCCCUGUGGAACGUCUGGAACGCCACCCGGUACUUGCCCAACAACUAUCGGUCCACCUGUCGCCAGACGGCGAGGAUGUCACCGGCGGACCGGACACGGACGACAGAUCGCGGCUUGCCAAGAUUGGCCACGUGGUUUGCUUUGGCAUCCUGUUUCACAGAAAGGCCAAGGGGGAGCCGUAG